GAAAAUGAAGGCGACAGCGACACACGGCGUGGCGUGAAACGAGUUCAUUCAUCUUUUCCUCUUGCCGCUGUGACGAGUCUAAUAAGUUCGGGCUCGAGCCGACGCCUCGUCACUGCGAAUAAAUCGUAAAACCGAGGACUUUCCGUGAUCACUAUCGAAAUUAGUAUCAGAAAGGCAGCACGCCUUACCGCCCCUUCGAAAUAUUGACAUUUUUAGUCAUCUGUGAUAUAACGAUACAGCGGUAUCCUGUUAUUCAAUUUUAGGUUAAAAGUCUCAUGUGAUGAUCAGUGCAACAUUUUAAAAGUUUAAGUAUUGUGCGCGCCCGUGUCUCGUGACCGGUAUUGGGACUAAACUGUUAGAAACAUGGAGUCUCCGGUGAUGGCUUAUGCUUACGAUAUAACGCCGAAUUACUCUUACAUUUUCGAAUUCGAGAACGAAUUUAUUCAUACCGACUAUCGGAAAUGGAUGACGGAAAAUUGGACUGUGGCGUUUUACUACGUGGGGGUUUACAUGGCGUUCAUUUUCGGCGGCCAAUACUACAUGCAGAACAGACCCAGAUUCGAGUUACGGCGGACGUUAAUGAUAUGGAAUUGUUCACUAGCAGCAUUUAGCAUCAUGGGCGCCUGUCGGACGCUGCCAGAAUUUAUUCACGUGUUACGGAACUAUGGGAUCUAUCACUCUAUUUGUGUGCCAAGGUAAGUCUUAGAGCUUAUUUCUUUUGUGUAC